AUGCUCACCUGCGCUUGUUCACUUGCUGCAGGCGCCGCCAGCUACUUCCUCAAGCGCGGGUGGCAGGUGGCGGGGACGUGCCGCAACCCCGACAAGCGGCAGCAGUUGGAGCAGCGCGGCAUCACGACAUUCCACUUCGACCCAGGCGACUUCGAGACCCUGGGCGGCAAGGCGCUGGAGAGCCUGCGGCACGCCACGCACGUGCUGAGCACGGUGCCGCCGGAUGCCAACGAGGAUGAGGAGGACCCGGUGAUCCUGGCGCACUCGCAGCAGCUGAGCGAGCACGCCGACGGCUACAAGUGGGUGGGAUACAUCAGCAGCACGUCAGUGUAUGGCGACUACGAGGGCGAGUGGGUGGAUGAGCGCAGCGAGCUGCGGGCGGCAAGCGGCAAGGGCUGGUCCCGCAUCGUGGCGGAGCACGAGUGGCUGGCCCUGCACGACUCCUUCGGCCUCCCUGUGCACCUCUUCCGCUGCGGGGGCAUCUACGGCCCACGGCGCAGCGCGGUGGAGACUGUGCAGCGGCAGUGGGGCGCCGCCGGGGACGGUCCGCAGCAGCAGUGGCGGCCCAGCGCCAGCCAGGAGCGGCGCGGGCGGCAUCGGUACACGGCGCGGUGCCACGUCUACGACAUCUGCCAGGUGCUGGAGGCCUCCACGCGGCACCCGCGCCCCGGCGCGGCAUACAACAUAGCAGACGACGACCCCGCAGACAGAGCCACGGUGAUGCAGUACGCCGCAGAGCUGCUGGAGCGAGCGGCGGCGGGCAUGCCGCUAGAGGGCUGGGCAACCGGCUCGCUCAGCGACGGCGGGUGGGGCUGGGGCGGCGCCGGCGACGCGGUGGGCGUGAGCAGCCUGAGCAGCGGCAGCAGCUCGGGCAGCUUUGACGGCGACGACGAGGCGGCGGCGGGCGUGGCGUGGCGCGCGCUGGGGCGCGCGCGCAUGCGGCCGCGCUCGCGCCGCGACCGCGAGGCCGCGGCGGCGGUGGCGCGGCUGGAGGAGAAGCGCGUGCGCAACACCCGCAUCAAGCAGGAGCUCGGGGUGCGGCUGCGGUACCCCACGUACCGCGAGGGGCUGGCAGCCAUUGCGGCCGGCGACCUGCGCCCGUUUGACUGA